UUUGAUAAAAAGAAAAGAAAAAAAAACUAAACCAGAGAGCAAUGGCAAUGGAAAUGGCCAAGAAAUCUCAGAAAGAUGAGAGCUUGCAGCAUGAAAUUGAUGGUUUUUUCUGUUUGUCAUCUGAAGAUUCCUUGGAAGAGAGUAAUGAUCUCUCUUAUUGGGAAUUUGUUAACCCAUCUGAUGCUGAUUCGGAUGAUACUGAAAUUGAUAAUCUGUCUUUAGAUAGUUUUCAAAAUGGGUUGUUUGUUUCCUGGCAUUCUUUACUCUCUUCAUCAAGAUCAACCCCAGAAGAGAAUCAAACGGAAAAAUCCCACCUUGAUGUGAUUGAUCGAGAUCAGCUUGUUGGGUAUCUUGGAAAACAAGUAUCAUAUCAAGAGGAGGAUGGUGAAGAAGAAGAGUAUAAGUAUGGUAAUGAUUUGGAUGAUAGUGCUGAUGAUGAUGGCGGCGAUGAUGUGGAUGAUGAGCUUGUGCCGUGGUCUGUGAGUGGGAAGCUUGGAAGGCAGAGGAUGAGGAAAUUGGGGAAGAGGGCUUUUGCAAAGAUGCACCAUUCAAAGAAGACACCUUUCUUGUAUAUGAAGCCUGGUUGUGUUCAUGGAAAGCAUGGACUCGGAAUGAAGCACAGUUUUUAAGGUAAAGUUGGGGGACUUUAUGAAGAAGUUUGUCAUAAAGGUCUCAACUUUGAUUUGGGCAUAUUUCAUUUCUUAGGAAUUCCAUAUGGGAAGUUGUAAGUAAUUACUGUAGUUUGUUUAGAAUUUCUUAGAUGAUGUGUUAGGUUAUGUUAAUUAAACUUAUUGUUCUCUCAAAUCUUAAAGUUUAUAAAUAUUUAGUUAUUUAAUCUCUUAUGGUUUA